CGGAACGUCGUUGCCUAGCAGCGCCUGGAGGAUGGCGGGCGUAGGGAGGCGAGGCCACGUCUUUAGUCGCUGUUGCUUGUCAGCAAACAUGGCUGCUGCCGCCGGGCGAAAGAUAAGGGGAGGUGUGGCGGGACCGGCACCGCCGUUAUCGACCAGGCGGAUUUCCCUCUCCCUCUUUCUUUUUUGCGUACUACUCGACGUGGCCCUACCGGCUUGGGGCCAGGAGGCGAACGACACCGCCCUUGAGAGCGAGACAUCUCAGGAGGAAACUGAUUUGCUGCUCAGCACUAUUUCACCUCCCAUAAUUUCAACAGUCAGUCAGAUCAGUGCAAAAGAUUCAACAAAAGGUGAAAUGCUCUCACCAACUUUGGAAGUUGGUCCUUCUGUUGUACCUGUCCUGACAGUAGCAGAAGAUAAAUCAGCCACAUCUCCGACACCAAUGUCUGUGUCUCUUGAGUCUAAUAGUGAUAUUGGUGAAGACACUGAUGAUGACAAUGACAUUGUAGAGGACUUACUGACAAGUUCACUAUCAACAGCAAAGGAAAUUAUAGAUCUUGGUGAUUCUCAAGAAGAUGACAAUCAAAUUGAAGAAACAUUAGAUUCCCAAGAUGAAGAAGAGCAGUGGGCAAGCACACGCAGCUAUGGAAAUAAGCCAUUUGCUGAUGAGAUGAAGGACUCUAUCUCAGGGUUAGAAGAUGACAGCCAUUUCUUUUUUCAUCUAGUGGUAGUUGCCUUUUUGGUAGCUGUGGUUUACAUCACGUAUCAUAAUAAAAGAAAGAUCAUACUGUUGGUUCAGGGUAGAAGAUGGCGAGAUGGACUUUGCUCCAGAACAGUUGGAUAUCAUCGUUUAGAUCAAAAUGUUAAUGAGGCAAUGCCUUCAUUAAAAAUUACAAAUGAUUAUGUUUUUUAAAAGCUGUGUGAUCUGAAUUUGCCAAACUAAUUUUUUGCUUUGUUUUUAUAUAACGUGCAGGUGUUGCCAUAUGCAAUGAGGUGUGUGCACUCUUUUGCCUUUCAGUUUUAUAUGAGGACAUGUAAGGUCAGUAGUUACUUCUGGUGACAGACAAACUUCAGAAUCAGUGUACGAUAAUGCCAACUUUAUUCACUCCCCCGCAUUGUAUUUCCUUCUGCCUGGAGCAGUUAAUUGUCGUUCAGAAUAUAGCCAUGUAGUAGUCCACACUCGCUAAUGAAUCCAUAACAAGUGAGUUAGCACUAAAAGGAAGUUUAUGGUGGUUGCCUGUUUGAAUCAUGUACUUGUUUUUUUCCUCAAUACAAAUAAUAUAAAGUGUCCAUCUGUGUAAGGCUGGGUCACUUUUAGCCAAAUUGCUUGUAUUGUUCUCCAUUGCCUUUGUACAGAAAAGGAAUAUUUUGUACACAUUACUAAAUUAUCAGUCUACGUAGUCAAAAAUACCAGUUUGAUUUUUUGCUGAUUCAGAGCCCAGUUCUCAGUAAUUGCGUUGUAGAAAUUUUGCUUUAAAAAAUCUGGAGUUAAGGUACAUUUUUUCGGCUAGAAAUUGAGAUGCCAACAAAUAUGUAUUUGAAGCAGGGGUUUAUUGUGUUACAAACCUGGAAGGCGUGUAGGCUUGAGAGAGAGAGAGAGAGAGAUGUCAGGUGUUGGUCCAACUGGGGUAACUGGUUGCAGAUAUAGAAACGUCAUGGGCUGAAGUUGCUCAUCUCCAGCAAAUACUGAACUCUUUAUUUUUGAAAAAAAGAUAAACCCCUUCAUUGUGGGUUACACGGCUAAUUCUUGGUACAUUAAGUUUUUUAAAUUUUGUGUAAUUUUGCUAUUUAUGUUCAUUUUUACAAGUUGUAAAGUAUACAGUUUCAUAGAAUUACAUUUAUUUACAUCCUGUUUAUGACUGAUUCUCUACAGGACUGGAAAAUAUGUAUAUAAUUAACUGAAACCAUAAUGAAUGACUUUAUAUUCAAGUAUAGUGUAAUAUUUUGAAAAAAACUCAAACCUCUGGCAUGAAAAGAGUUGCACUGGGCAUGGUUUUCCGUAGAGAAGCAGUUGAGCUUCUGGAUCUCUCUGUUUAGUGUUUCUGAAUGCAAAGAAAAAGAGAAACACAAGCAAGAGAUGCCAUAACUGUUUCUUGCAAUUUUUGUUGUAUCAUUUAAUAAAUUUUUUGAAAUACAACUCCAAGGAUAUAAUUUUAUGGUAAUUGUAGCUUGGUUUGUACAGUUGUAUGUUUGCAAUAAAAAGAAUUCUUUUUGAUCAAGACCACACAAAG